UUAGAUUCUCCAAUAGAAAUUUUAGAUUCUAAAUUCGCGAUUUCUGCUUCCGCAACAGAAAGUAUAGAUAUUAAAUCCAUUAUUUCUGCUUUAGCGAUAGAAAUUUUGGAUUGUACUCUGCAACGGAAAGCUCGGUUUUUAAACGAGAAGUUUCAGCUUGUGCAACAGAGAGUUGGCACCUUAAUAUUUGACACUGAAGAUAAUCGUUUUGG